AUGGCUUCCGCCUCAAGAGCUCGGCCGACCCGGGGACCGAACUCGAACCCGAAUCCGAAUCCUACGGGCUCGUCCUCGUCCUCGUCCUCGUCCUCGUCCUCGGGUCCUCGUGCUCGACUACGAACCCACGCUCGACCGUGGUUGAACGCUCUCGCAUGGCUGCCCGUCAUCUUCUUCGUCGACCACCACCUCGUUUCGUUCGCGACAGUCUCGGGGAGGUACGUUCGCUGUCUGAUGAUCCCAUGGCUCAAGCGCUCGCUGACGAGUUGCGACUGCUCCAUCCUCGCGCCUUGCUCUCGCGAUCGGCGCCCCACCCGCUCCACCCGCUCCACCCGCUCCCUCGGAUCGCCGGAUCGUCAUCUCAGGUCAAUGCAGGUAAGCACGUUGAUUCCCAUCUGCAAAACCCAAAACGUAGCUUCAGGACUUCAUCCUCGCCGUCCCACAUCGAGCUAACCUCCCGCUCCGAAUUGCCCCCACCCCACCCCUUCAGCCGACCCUGAACCCGGACUCGUCCAAACUGCGCCAGGACAUCGUCCUGCUGAAUCGCUACAAGAAUCUGGAACUGACCCAAGGCGCAACACGGACCGAUCCUAAAGCGGGUUAUCAAAUUGGGGACGUCGUAGCCCUAAGGUACGAAUGCUUUCGUAUCCCAGUCUAGGCAUUCCACACAUCCUUCCCCCCCACAGAACACCUCGCUCACCACCCAUCCCCCGCUCGCUACCUUAGAUCCCCAACGAACCCUUCCCAACUCCUCAUCAAACGCCUCGUAGGCCUCCCCGGAUCCCUCGUACGGACCCUCCCACCUUACCCCGAAAGAACGAUCCGUAUCCCCGCGGGGCAUUGCUGGGUCGAAGGUGACGAAAAGAACCAUUCGAAAGAUUCAAACACCUAUGGUCCGAUACCGUUGGGCCUCUUGGAUAGUCGGAUUGAGGCGAUCCUGUGGCCACCGAGGUGAGAGGCAGAUUCAUUCUACUAUCAUGAAAAGGUUUCUUGUGAUGGGACCUAAUCCAAGAGGACUCUCAUUCAGUCGGAUAGGCGCGAUCCCAAAGUCCACUUCGGGGUGGGAGAAGAGGGUCAUGCAUCCGCCGGGGAUGACGAUGGGCUCGAGUACUACGACAUCAUCGGAGUCGAAGACAUCAACAAGAGUCAUAGGAGGAAGUUUUUAG